AUGUAUCUGGAAAAGGCGUGGUCAAUCACUUCAUGGGUGUAUGUCAACAAAUCCGAGAACGGUUAUGGACAUAUUCUCGGUAAAAGACCCGCGGGGGGUACAGUGGCAAAUUAUGCCUUCAGGACAAGCAGCUCCGGCACCGGCUGGGAAGCUUACUUUGCGAACGGCGGCUGGAAAGGGGCUUGGAAUCAAAGUCAAGUGAAAAAAGAUGAAUGGUUGUAUAUGACCGCAACUUAUGACGCAAAGGAUACCAUCAAGAUUUACGAAAAUGCUGAGGAAAUCGGUUCUGUUGGCGGGAUGGGUAAACCGGCACCACAGAAUGAGACUGAUGUCAAUAUCGGUGGUUGGACCAACAACACCUCAGAGACCCUUGACGGUAUACUCUAUGAGGUCGCAAUUUUCGAUUCCGUACUGGAAGCAGAGGAUAUAGAAGAACUAAUGGAAAAAGGGAUGCUGACUCUAUUGCCUGUUGAGCCUUCUGACAAACUUGCCACUACAUGGGCAAACCUCAAAUCUCAGCAAUAG